AUGGCUCAGUCUGGUUUGCAUUCUGCAAAUAAUUUUUUUAUUCCUGAUAUUAUCAUAAAAAUUCCACUAGAUAUUGUCUAAUCUGCAUAAUUCACCUGGGAUGUCUGAUGAAACUACUUUGACGUUAUUUGAGCCAUUCACUUUGACCGUGUCUGCAAACAUGCUCGUCUGUAAUUAUCUUUCUUCAUUCAUACAUUGACUUUAAUUAAAAUUUCUCAUCACCGGAAAACAAGAUCAGAAUCUCUGUAUGUAUUCUCCGGUGCCGCAAUGAGCACAUUAAUUACUUUUGGAUUAUUAACAGACCUGGUGCUUCUUUUCGUUUCUGAUUGCCUGUCCGUUAGUUAUUUCAAUGCAAAAACUACUUUCGGUACGUACAUGGCUAGAUCCUAUCAGUUUUUUAAAACAAAAACAGAUCAAAUUCUCAGAGUUGCUGGAAACUUUCUUUUUCGGAGUUGCGAUAUCUGGAACUCUUUGUGCUGACAGUUCGUAAAGUCCUGAAUGAAGUUAUGCACUGUCAUGUUCGUACUGAAAGAUAACACGAGGAUAAGUUUAAUUCAUUUUUCCAAAUUUUAAAACAUUCAAAUUUCAUUCUAUUAUUGAUGCGUGUGAAUCACUUUCUUCAAGUUGUGAUGCUUCUCUGGUAAAUUGUUUUAUUGUAGAUUAUACAGCAGAGCAGGAGAUGGAAAUUGAAGCGCUGGAAGCCAUUCUUAUGGAUGAGUUCUCAGGUUUGUGUUUGUUAUGAAGUCGUAAUGUUCCAAGUAUUUUGAUUCUUCAGUCAAUUAUAUUCAAGCAAGUCGUCAGAAUCGUUGACUAUGCUGUUGACUGGAUCAUCUGCCAGAAAUAGACUCGAGGGAGAGUGGCUUGGGUACAGAUGGUCGUUGUUUCCAAAUAUUGCUGUCUCCUCAGGUGAUUAUUGUUAUUUCGCUCUCAUUUGUUGAUCCUUAUGACUGUCAAAAAUGAAAAAGACAGAAGUCAUUCCUCCCCGUGUCUUGCUCAUUUUAUCUAUAUGCGACAUAUAAUCAAAUCGUAAUCCAUCCUGAUAAAUCUGGGAUUGGAUAGAGCAUGGUGUGAAUAAAAAAAAAAUUAAAGUCGCAUCAACUUGAUUUUAGCCUUAAGCACUCUUUUCAUCCCUCAUCAACUUUUUCCGUGUGUUUUGUGGCUUAAGUUACCCUUUUGUUUCCAAUUAUCUUCUGCUCUAGGAGAAAAGACAGAUUCUCGGUGGUCCUAGAUCAAUCAUAUAAAGUUUAUGAUUGAUUGGAUGAAAUGUAAUGCCUAUUACAUAUAUAUAUAUAUUAAAUUUGCUAAUUAUUCAUUUAUUUUGAUGAACAGGAUGAAGAUGAUGAGGAGGUGAAUCACAUUAGAGGUCUGUUCGUUUAACUUAUUCAAGACUUUGGUGUCUAUCUUAUUGUAGGGCAAGCAUAGCUUCCAAUUCUGAGUUCUAUCAAAACUUGAUUAUGAAGUUUAGUAUUUUGACCAUUCGCCAUAUCAUUCUGAAUUGGGGACAAUAAAACUAAAUGAUAUACAAAGUGAAAAAAUAACAAAACCAUGGCUUUAUUUUUAUUACUCUAAUAUACAGAAGGAGAAGGGGAAGGUUAGUACAUAUCACAACACUGGAGUUUUUGGAUCAAUUUGGAAUUGGCUACUUUGAAAAAAAAAAUCUACAGACCUAAAACAAGCUGUCUACUCAACAAAUCGAGGAUGUGUCAUCUAACACGUCUUCUUUCUGAAACUUUUUUAUUCUUUCCAAGCACAAACUCUGCUCAAUCUCAGAUUGGGAUGCUAAGGAGUUAUAGAUUGACUUUGUGUUACUGUGCCCGUCGAUAUGAUCAACUGGGUCUUUUGACUGGAUCCAAGGGGAGUUCCCCCUUGUUCUUUUAGGAUGUGCAAGUUGCUAUUGGGUCAACUUUCUACAUGGUGUCUAUUCUUCAUUCUCCAAGAGAUCACUGUCCAUAAUGCGUUAAUCUUUCCUGCUUCUAAUUCCAACAUAUACUGUUGAUUUUGUCAGAUUAUAAGAAAUGGGUCAAUUAAAGUGAUUGGUUGGGUUAGUUAUCACUUUUCUCUGCCCAUUGAAAGAGUUUGGCAUUUUAGAGCAAUUAUCACAUGAAAAUAAUUACAAGAAACUUCCAAAUAUUUUUCAAAUAAUUUUUUAAUCUAUUUUUAGGUUUCUCCAGUGAUACAGACCAUAAUCUCAUUUUGACUGUUGGUACUUACGACUAUAAGAAGGCAUGAGUGUUUUAUGAUCAUACAAAGUUAUCAAAAUAAUUUGUUCUAGCUAGUUCAUGAUGAACAUUUAUAAGAACACAUUGGGCGAUUUUGUGUACGCACGAGUGUUAUCAGACCUUGUUAUCCUCUAAGUGGAGUAAACCUUCUUAAAGUAACAGAGGUCUAAAAAAAUGUUGUUUUAGCAAUCUUAAUUUACUUAAGUGUUUUAAGUGAAAUCCGAUUGGUAUGAUCCUACUUAUUUGUUUGAAAAAUCACCUGAAGCCAAGUAUGGUUUUAUUAUUAGCUCUUCUUUCUUGUUCAAUCUUGUACUUUUUACCUUGUAAAAAUACUGUAAACUCCAUACACGAGAGGACAAGGGGACGAUCUUGCAAACUUAUCUCCUAAUUAAUGUGAUUAGUCAUAGAUUCAUAGAUUCACCCAUAUAUUUGAAGUCAUAGGUUCAUUGGCUACGUUGAUUGAUCUCCACUGUCCCCUAUAACUUGAUUUUUUCUUUGUGUUGGCAACAUCAGCGAUUUUAAAAUGACCCGUGCUAUUUCUACUUAUUUCUACUUACGGACAUAAAACACAGAUGUGAAGUUUUACCUAAUGAAGAUACAUAAUAGGUCUUUCUCCUAUGGAGUUAACUCGCAGAUUCCCAGUGCAAUGGUCCAAUGGUCUAUCGUCAGAUUUACUGGGAAAGUUUAUAACUUUUUUGCACGUAGUCUCAGAAUACUAGUGCAAGUGUGACCCCAUACUUCGCUCAAUUUUCUUCUGCAGCUCAACUUGCAUUGAUUUUCUCACACACCACAAAUUAUCCAGAUGAACCACCUCUUCUUAAUCUUAAAAGGUAAGCCCAUUAUGUAAAAGUUUUUGAGCUUCAAUUUAAGUAUUUUUAAGUCAUUUUCCUAUGACGAAUUGACUAGAGAAUUCCCCCCUGAUCUGCUAGUGACUAUAUCUGUGCAGUAUACGAGGACUUAAACAGGAAGAUCUUGCUAAACUAAAAGAAAAACUUCAGCAAGAGGUAUUCACCCAAGUUCUCCAUUUUCUAGUGUUUGAUAGAUUUGUUAGACUGUUUAUUUGGUGUUGUAGAAAGAGGAGAAAAUUAGGUUAAAAUUCGUAGCCUCCUCCACUCCUAUCUAAAUGUAGAGAGCUGGGACCAGUACAAGUUGAGACGUAAUAUAGGCUUAUUGGGCCCAAAUUCUAAAUGAUGCACUAUCCCACUAACAAGAGAUUAGGCCUGUUGGGUUCAUAUUCUAAUUGACUCUUUAGCACUCCGUCAAGCUAGAGUAAUUAAUUAUAUCGAGUUUUUCUUUUCCAUACCUAAAACACCUAGGUCGUUACUUUGUAAAGUAUGCACAAAACAAGGCAUAAAUGUUAGAGCUAAAGUCUAAGCUGAAGUUGAGGCAUUAUAUGCCAGAGCUGAAGCUGGAGUUGCAAACCUCAGAGUAGAAGAGAUAUUAGUGUUCAAGCUGAAAUAUAAUAGCCAGAAUGUUAGAAACAAUCAUUAAAGUUGGAGGAGAUGUCAGAAUUACUAACUGAAAAGUAGAGGCUGGUGACAGAACCGGGUUACGAGAUGUAAAACUGAAGCCAAAACUGUAUAGUUUGACAUAGAUGCUGGAUUAUCUGAUACCGGAGAAACUGGUGCAGUAUAGGCUAACAUUGAACAUGGAAUAGCAGACGACGGUGUUGGUGCUGAAGCAUUAAAGGCUGGAGUUGAGAAGGGUUCCAUGGUACAAUUUUCUCCCUUUUUGUUUCUUGAAGAAGAUGACUUACAAGGAAGAUGUUAGACAUUGGUUAAAUUGGAGAUUUGGCGGAUUCGGUCGGACCUGCAAUAUCAUGUAUCGUGAUGGUCAUUGCAUGCACUUGGAUUGUGAAGUUGUGGUCUCUUGUGGCGGCUCGUGACGCUUGUGCUAUGUAGUUGCAGCUUCCUGCGAUGAUGCGCAUUAAAAUUGCAACCAUGCAUGUCUUGUGGUUUCCUAAUCGGUAUCUUAUAACAGCCAAGCAAUAACAGCUUCCCGUGCAAGGUUCCGACAAUGAAAGAGACACCGGAGAUCGAGAGAGAGGAAGAAAUUAUUAGCGACAUAGUAUCAGUCGAGGUAUACAGGUCUAGGUGUGGUUGCCGUCAUCGCCCUCAGAAAAUGGAGAGCUUGAGGCUAGUAGUAGCAACAUCAACAGCAACUUGACAAACUUGCGAAAUUCUAUCCCUAAACUCUGGUACUAUGUUAUAAAUAGAAGAAAAAAUUAGAUUAUAAUUCGUUAUCCCCCUACUCACCCAUUUGCAUAUGGAGAGAGGAGGAACUAAUAUACCAUGAGAUCUAAUAUGGCGUUAAUGGUCGCAUAUUCAAUAUUGUUCAUUACCGCACUAAGAUGAGAGUAGGCCUAUUGGGCAUGUAUUCCAUUAGAAUCUCUGACUGUGGAUGCUACGAGUUUUGGAUUAUUUGGAAAGUUCUUGAUGAAUAGUGAGAAUUAGUUGUUUACCAACGGGGAAUAUGUGCUCUUAUCUCAGUAAGAGCGUUGUACGUACUCUCUGUGCGGAUAGAUGAUUCCUUCUUCAUUUUUUUCGGAAAUAAACAUACGGAACGUAUACAUGUGCAUUUCCCUCUGGAAAAAAAAUAAAAUCUAUAUGCACCGACCCACUUUGGAAAACAUUGCAGCUUAAAACGUGUAAAUGUUUUCUUGGCCGAUUCUCUUGGACUGUGGUGCACUGUCACUCUGAGAUGGCACGAAAUGGGAUCAGCCUAUAAUUUAAUCCUCUCGAGACUCAAAAUCUUUUGAGUCUAUUUGAACUUCAGAUUAUUUUUUUCUGGGCAUUGUUAGCUUACAGGUCAGCGUAAAAGGGUAAGGCGGAUAUAUACAGGAGAGCAGGAGAGCAGGAGAGCAGGAGAGCAGGAGAGCAGGAGAGCAGGUGUAGGAGAAGUGUUCACUUUGAUCACCUUGUCGAUUCGUAACCUUAGCUGUCUCCUCGAGCUUUCUGUAGGGUGCCUUAUUCACUGAAAUUCAAUGUUGGGUGUAAGUGAUCUUGUAGUUUUCUAUCUCAUACUCUGUAAAUAUUGAAAUAAAAGGUGGAUAAAUCUCUCUUACUUUCAUAUGGUCAAAUAUUUUUUGUCCGGCAUUUCUAAAUGCUUACCUAAGCCCUGCAGGCAUCAGAGAAUCUUGGGAUGGCUAUGGUCUACACUCUUGUUACUUCUGCUAAGGAGUGGCUGACAGAAAAAUUUGGACAAGAUGAGACUGUCGAGGAUGAUGAUGAAGAUGAUUCGGCUAAAGAAGAUGUAUGGCCCCAUCCUCUGAACUUUUUUUUUUUUGGUCCAUUUGUUCUGAUACAUCUUCUCCGUUAAAUUUUUCCAUGAUUUAAUUGCUUAGUUUUUGAAGCACCGAUCGAAAAAUGUUGUAUUGAGUAAUAAUGAGUUAAUCCUCGUCUUCAUGCCUACCACUCUGUUAUUUUCCUUGCCUGAGAGAUGUAUCUUGGAUGGUAAACAUAUGAGAUCGUGAUGUGCUGGUAUGUCUGUGCUAGUCUUCAUGGUCGCUUGAUGGGUGUUGAAAAAAGGCGUGUGCUUUCUCGUAUUUCACCCCUCGCUAACGGUGCCCCUGUCCCCCAUCUCAGAUAAUUAUCCCGCAUGGCGAGCCUGUCACCGUGGAAACGUUCAUGGCAUGGAGGGAGCGAUAUGAAGCCGAAUUGGCGCUUGAGAGAGCCAAGUAAGGGCCGCCGAGCGUCUGUAUGCCAUGAGGCAUCAUGAGGUUUCUUAAUAUAGCAAAAGUUUAGGCCCUGUAUGCUAUGCGGCAUAUUUUUGAGGAUCGUUCCCUCCCACCCAGCUGAAAGGGUUGCGCUCCGUUUCCAGGUUGAUGCCGGAGUCCGCCCUGGUAGCACCCAAGGAGAAGAGGCUCACGGGCAGACAGUGGUUCGAGAGUGGAAGAGCGGCGACGGUAAUCUCCUUGCUCCCCUCUGAUAACUCGGUGUGGACGUCUUUGUCGGUUUGCUGCAUCUCGAGCUGGUUGGUUGAGAUGUCCCUGCCCGCCCACCCAUCCCCCCACCCUUUCCUGCGAUGGAAUCUCUUCCUGAUCUAGCCGGAUCUUUUGAGCGCUUAUUAAAUAUUUACGCGGGCGGAUGAAUGCGCUCAUCUGUUUGUUUUUUUCUUACCUUGCUCCAGAAAGGCGCGGUGGCCGUCGCAGAAGGGUCCGAGGAGGAAGAGGAGGAAGAUGUUGACUUCGAGGACGACUUCGAGGGUGGGUCUCCCAGCCCUUUUGUUUUUUGGUUGGCGGUCAAUCUAUCUCCGCGCUCCUCCUCAUGGGUUUUAGCAUCCCACGGGUCUCUCCCUCUGACUACUUUGCUUGUGCGAUCGGUGUGGAGUGCAGAUGAAGACGACAUGCUCGAGCACUACCUGGCGGAGAGGUCGGACCAGUCCUCCGACGGCUCUAGGAGGGGAUCCAGAUUCUGA